AUGGCCCCUCCCAGCAUCGUCGGAGAUCCCAAGAUUACUCAGGAUGAGAGCUCAGGCUCCGUCUUCCUUGAUGUGGUUGUAGCCAACGUUGAUCCAGCCAAAACAAAAUGGUUCAAAGGAGAUGAUGAGCUUGCCGCUUCUAACACCUACAAGUUUAGUCACAGCGACGAAGCCGGAAAGAAAAAACUGCGAUGUGAAAUUAAGGUAAAUAGAUAUGCUUUUCGGGUUUUAAUAAUUUUAGAACUUUGAUAAGACCUUGUCCGGAACUUACAAGGCCUUGUUCUUUGCUCCAGAUGGCACUGAAAACCAUGCCACCUUCACUGUUCAGUCUGGAAGUAAGGGUUUUAGAUGAUUUUAAUCUUAAAAAAAUGUUUUAGAUGCCCCCGAAUUCACCGACAAGCCAAAGAUUGUCCAGAGAGAUGGAGGGAACGUGAUUGUCAUCAAGGUCCGAGGAAAAUCUCACAUUGAAGCCAAGGCUGAAUGGUUCAAAGUAAGAAUAAAAUUGCUUGCCCCGUUGAAUUCAAACCGAGAGUUGUAUUGAGAAUUUUAGGAUGACAAGCCCUUGAAGAGCACCGACAGAGUCAAGGUUGUGCAGAAAGCGGACGACAAGGACAAGGAUGCUGUUCAGUAUCUUCUGGAGAUCACUGGACCUCAGAAGAGCGACGAAGCCAAAUACAAAUGUGUACUCAAGAAUGCGGAGGGUUCCAACCAACAAUCUCUCAACCUUGUUUUCGAUUAA